ACGAGCAUGCGUGCAAUUCCGGAAGCAUUUUUGCAACUUUUUUUGAGUGGCUGUUAAACCAGAUAGCAUCAUGUUAAGCAAAUAGUUGAGCUUAGCAAAGUUUUUAGAUGUAGUUUAUGUGUAGGGGAUAUUUAAUAUUGAUCCGGAUGAAAGGCGGACGUAACAUUUAAGUCACAUGGUGUUGGAGCGUACUCUAAUGAUGAAUCUUGAAACUGAUCCAAUUUUGAACUGGGUUUUGGAAGCAAGCAUUAUUAUCAAAAACGUAUAACAAAUUAGUGGUGGAUAAUCCAAGGCUGCAGUUCUGUAUUCUUCCGAAGAUAAACAAAGAUUCACACAAACUCCAGGGAGAUCUAUAGUGGCAGCUGCCAUGGCUGCUGUUUAUGAGGAGGAAGAUGAAGAAUGUCCUGAGUUAAUUCCUAUCCUGUCUGAGACCAGUAUACAGGAUUCUAAAAUUCCUGUCACUAUUAUAACUGGCUAUUUAGGUGCUGGCAAAACAACACUACUAAACUAUAUUUUGACGGAACAGCAUAACAAAAGAAUUGCUGUUAUUCUGAAUGAGUUUGGUGAAGGAAGUGCACUGGAAAAAUCUUUAGCUGUAAGCCAUGCAGGUGAGCUUUAUGAAGAAUGGCUGGAACUCCGAAACGGUUGCCUUUGCUGUUCAGUCAAGGAUAAUGGCUUAAAGGCUAUUGAAAACCUUAUGGCGAAGAAGGGAAAGUUUGACUACAUUCUUUUAGAAACUACUGGUCUUGCUGAUCCAGGUGCUGUGUCCUCCAUGUUCUGGGUUGAUGCGGAGUUGGGAAGUGAUAUUUAUCUUGACGGUAUCAUAACAGUAGUUGAUGCAAAAUACGGAAUGCGGCAUGUGACUGAAGAAAAGUCUAAAGGAAUUGUGAAUGAAGCAGCUAGGCAGGUGGCACUUGCUGAUUUAGUAAUCAUCAAUAAAACAGAUCUAAUUCAUGCAGAAGAGCUGAAUGAUCUGAGGAAUAUGAUCAGGUCUAUAAAUGGACUGGCCAAAAUCACGGAAACACAGAGAUCAAGAGUUGACCUCUCUGAUGUUCUAGAUUUACAUGCUUAUGACAGCUUUGAUGAACAAAGCUUUCAAGAAAAACUUUGCUAUGUGCAAGCAAGACAUUCGCAUCUGGAUAAGAGUAUUUUAACAGUCACCUUGGAAAUUCCAGGAAGUGUCAUUGAAGAGGCACUCAAUUUAUUCAUCCAGAGUCUUUUGUGGGAGAAAAACAUAGAAGAUAAAGUGGGUAACUCUAUGGAGAUAAUACGACUUAAGGGACUAAUCUCAAUUGAAGGCAAGCCCCAACAGUUUAUUCUGCAAGGCGUCCACGAGCUGUAUGACAUACAGGAGACUGGGCUGAAAUGGGAAAGUCAGGAUGAGCGACUCAACAGGUUGAUUUUCAUAGGUCGAUGCCUUGAUGAAAGCAUCCUAGAACAAGAGUUUUUGGCUACUGUGAUAAAGCCGAAGAUUACAUCCUGACAAGAGUAAUGCAAAUACAAUUUGCCAAACAGAAGAAAGUAUUGCUGUAUUGCUGAUAUUCAGUCAAAUCGCUGCUAGUACUAAAAGAUCUUGUUCAUCUUUUUGUUAAUGAUGUAAUUGACCUGUUUUCCUUAUAUAACGUGAAAAUACAAACAUCCCUCUUUCAUUAUUUCUGGAACCAUUCUGAACAUAUUUGACUAUUUGUUUGACAUUGAUGACUGUUUUAGGAAAUGAUGUAAUUGUUGCUGUUUUUAAUUAUGUGACUUUGAACAUUCUUCAGUCAUGCAGAAGUACAGGAUUUGGCAGCAAACAACUUAGCUGGCUUACUUUCUUGACUCAGGUAAUAAAAUGCUAAAAGAGUUA